AUGUCUUCUCGUGCAGACCAUCGUGUCUACGCGAACAUGUCGUCUCCUGCCGAGGGAGCUGCAGACUCAAUCCAAGGUACUCCUAACACGCAGAUCACCGUCUUCUCUCCUGCCGAGAGCUCUCAGGGAACCUCCAUCCAAGGCAAUAACUAUGUUGGCCAAAGCCAGUCUUCCGAAGACCCAUUCGUUGAUGGCGGCCUUGCUCAGGGAAGCACUCUUUCGGCCACUGCUUCAACCUUCCAGCCUCGCGGCGUUCGAUCUAAGGGUAAAAAUGCCAUCGUCUUCUACCCCCAGGGUAGUCCUACCGUUGCCGGCGCCCUGAGCCAGGACAUGGAUAUCUCCCACCGCAUCGAGGUCUGCGAUACUCCUACACCUUCCAUCAUCGAUCUCGGCAAUUUUAUUACCGAGCUUACCCAAAAGGGAGUCAGGUUCCACGGCGGACGCAACCUGGAGACCACCGGAGGACAUGUGUACGUCGUCUUCGAAGAUCUCCGUGACGCCGCCUGGGCCUUCUACGCCAUUCGCAAGGCUCCAAAGGGCUGGUUCACUGCGUACGUGAAGAUCCGACCUGAGCGCCUGGACCUUGGCCUUGUACGAUUCUCCGAGCUUAGACAGCUCAGCAUCGAGGUCAAUGUUCUUAACUUCGCCAUCAUUGAUCCUGCUCAUGUCGAUGAGAUCACCCAGCGAGCCCUCAACGUCUACGGUCAGCUUUUUGCGCUGAUCAGAAACUUGAGCUUCCCGAACGGAGCCUUCCGUGGUGUCGCCCAGUUCUGCAAGGCGGCCGACGCUUUCAUCGCCUUCAAGGCUUUUGGGAAUGGCAUUACCACCGGCGGUGUGGUCAUCACUCUGUCCAAGCCAGAGGACAUUGGCAGUGCCCUUACCUCGGCCACUGAUCAACUUGCAUCCAACAUACAAGGCAUGUCUUUCCAACAAGCUCCUCGUGGCAUUGACCGCAGCCGCCACCAGUCCUUUUUCACCAUGAACGCCCCGCAGGGGAACCCUUUCGCGGCGGCUGGCGCCUUGCAUAUGCCGUUUCACCCCCAACACCACCACCAGCCCUUCACUGGGCAGCAAUUUGGCCCUCCCGUCAUGAAUCCCAACAACCUAAUUUCGCAGAGGGAUGCUGGGCUCGGCAACCUGAACGGGUUUGGUCGUUUUGACCCGCGCCGAGGUGCGGGCCGCUACGGUCGUGGAUCUCGCGGCCUCAACAACAUCGUUGACAUCAACGAGCUUGUUGCCGGACGUGACGUCCGGACCACCAUCAUGUUGAGAAACAUCCCCAACAAGGUGGACCAGCCCCUCCUCAAGAAAAUCGUCGAUGUUUCCUCCUUCGGCCGGUACGACUUCAUGUACUUGCGAAUUGACUUUGCCAACGAUUGCAACGUCGGCUAUGCGUUCAUUAACUUUGUCAAAGCCGAAUACAUCAUCGACUUCUUUCAGGCACGAGCGAACAAACGAUGGAACUGCUUCCGCUCGGACAAAGUCGCUGAGAUCUCCUAUGCGACUAUCCAGGGAAAGGACUGCCUUGUGCAGAAAUUCCGCAACUCGUCUGUGAUGCUCGAGGCUGAGCAUUAUCGCCCCAAGGUACAGCUGUUCUACACCAUCCACAGCGAUGAGACCAAGCUUGUCGGCCAAGAGGAGCCAUUCCCUGGCCCGGACAACCAGUCCAAGAUGAAGCGCUCGGUGGAGAACGCGGAGCAUGUCGGUCUUUUCACUCCUACUGCUGGACAGUACUUCCGCGAUGAACAACGCCGUCGUCAUUCACAGUACGAUCGCGGAACUCGUCUCGCUGAAUUGGAGGAGAUCUCCUAUGGGUCCUCUGUUGCACCCUACUACGGUCGCGGCCGCUACUAA